AUGGCGUCCGAGGUGCCCAAGCUCCUCUGGAAUUCGGAGAACAUCAAAGACGUUGCCGAGUCGGUCGGCAUCGGCGCCCUCAACGAGGAGGCCACCAAGGCGCUCGCCCAGGACGUCGAGUACCGCGUCGGCCAGGUCAUCAUCGAGAGCCUGCGCCUCAUGCGCGCCGCCCGCCGCACUACCCUCACCGUCAACGACGUCUCCCUCGCCCUGCGCGUGCUCGACGCUGAGCCGCUCUACGGGUACGACUCGACGCGCCCGCUGCGCUUCGGCGAGGCGAGUCUCGGCCCCGGCCAACCGCUCUUCUACAUCGACGAUGAGGAGGUUGAGUUUGAGAAGCUCAUCAACGCGCCACUUCCCAAGGUUCCGCGAGACAUGAACUUUACUGCACACUGGCUAGCCAUCGAAGGCGUCCAGCCCGCCAUCCCUCAAAACCCCACCACGGCCGAGUCGCGAUCCCAAGACCUGCUGCCCAAGGGCACCGGCGCCAACCCCGCGCUCUCCGCCCUCGCCGGCAACGACAGCUCCUCCUCGUCCAACCCCUCCGUCAAGCACAUCGUCAGCAAGGAGCUCAUCCUGUACUUUGACAAGAUCCAGGCCGCCAUCCUCGACGAGACCCCCGACGAGGAGGUCGUCCGCCUGCGCCAGGCCGCCCUCGGCUCUGUCCGCGACGACCCGGGCCUGCACCAGCUCGCACCCUACUUCAUCAACUUCAUCAUGGACCGCGUCACCCACCAGCUCGACGACACCUUCACCCUCAAGCAGAUGAUGGAGCUGACCAACGCCCUCAUCGAGAACAAGACCCUGUUCCUCGAUCCCUACGCCUCCUCGCUCUCCGCCCCCGUGCUGACCUGCCUGAUGGCGCGCCGGCUCGGCGCCGACGACGGAGUCGACGCCAUGCGCGAGCAGUACGAGCUGCGCCAGCUCGCCGCCUCGCUCCUCGGCCGCAUGGCCCACAAGUACUCCGCCUCCAACGCCCUCCUCCGACCCAAGCUCACGCGCACCUGCCUGCGCUACUUCCUCGACGCCACCCGGCCGCCGGCCGUGCUGUACGGCGCCAUCAACGGCAUCCUUGAGGCUGGCGGGCCUGAGGCCAUCCGCCUGCUGGUCCUGCGCAACCUCAAGAGCUUCGACGCGGGCAUCCUGCAGCCCCUGAAGGAAAGGUCGGAGGGCUCCAUCGAGUACGAGAUGCUCGUACAGGGCCUGGCGCAGGCCGUGGCUUCGCUGGUCACGCACGCCGACGCCGCUGCGGUCGACGUCGCCGGAGCGGUGACGCCCGCCCAGCUGAGCGAGCUGAACGAGUUUAUCGGGUCGAUCGUCGGCAAGAGGAUCGCGUCGUCGAACAAUGCGAGACUGAUCAAGACGGUCCUGGAGGCGCGAUCAUUUGAAUAG